CCGUUAUCCGUUGUCGCCUCGUUCGUCCCUCUCCUCGUCCUCUCCUCCUCCGCCAUUUCCUCUCCUCAAAACCCUAACCCUAAAUCCACUCCGAGACGCGCUUCAUGGGGGAGAUCGGGGGCGCGCCCUUCGAAACCCUAGUGCUCGAUCUCUUCUCCAAGCGCAGGGACCGGCUCCCGUGCCCGAGCCUCCGAUCGCCGAAGCGGAUCCGCGUCGAGGAGGAGCCCAGCCCCUUCGAAACCCUAGCGGAGGAGAUCCUCUUCCUGAUCCUGGAUCGCCUCGACGCGAACCCCCUCGACAGGAAGGCCUUCUCCCUCGUCUCCCGCUCCUUCCACGCCGCCGAGUCCCGCCACCGCCGCGCGCUGCGGCCGCUCCGCGCCGAGCUCCUCCCCGCCGCGCUCGCCCGCUACCCGGCCGUGUCCCGCCUCGACCUCUCCCUCUGCCGCCGCGUCGGCGACGCCGCCCUCGGGUGCGUCGCCGCCGCGCUCCGCUCCACGCUGCGCUCGAUCGACCUCUCGCGCUCGCGCUCGUUCUCGCCCGCGGGGCUUGAGAGCCUCGCGGUGAGCUGCGCGGCGCUGGUGGAGAUCGACCUCUCGAACGCGACGGGUCUCACGGACGCGGCGGCCGCGGCGAUCGGGAAGGCGCGGAACCUCGAGAGGCUGUGGCUCGCGAGGUGCAUGAGGGUGACGGACAUGGGGAUCGGGUGCAUCGCCGUGGGGUGCCCGAAGCUGAGGUUGCUCUGCUUGAAGUGGUGCUUGGGGGUGACGGAUUUGGGGGUCGGAUUGGUCGCUGUGAAGUGUAGGAUGCUUCAGAGUUUGGAUCUCUCGUACACCGCGAUCACGAAGAAAUCCCUUGCUGCUCUCUCGCAGCUUCAUGAUCUCGAAGAUUUAGCUGUAGUCGGAUGCCCUUCCAUGAGUGAUGAGGCCCUUUCAAGUCUUAAGCAAGGUUUUAAAUCAUUAGAGGUACUUGAUGUUUCAAGCUGUGACCGCGUCAGUCAUGUUGGAUUGUCAUCCAUAUUAAAUAGUGCACCAGGAUUACGCCAACUACGUUUAGCAUAUCAUUCUUUUGUCACUCCCUCUAUAUCAAGUGGCUUACAAAGGCUCUCUACGCUGCAAUCUAUUAAUUUAGAUUGUUCCCAUGUCACAACUAAUGGGCUUAAAUCUAUUGGCAGUUGCUGUACAUCUUUGAAGGAGCUGAGUUUAAGCAAGUGCUCAGGAGUGACUGAUGAAGGCCUUUCUUUCAUCACGUCAAAAAACAAAGGCUUGGUUAAAUUAGACAUUACAUGCUGCCGCGAAAUAACUGAUGUAGGAAUAGCCACUAUGACUAGUUCAUGCACUUCCCUCACCUCGCUGAGGAUGGAAUCUUGUAGUCUGGUUACUAGCCUGGGAUUACGUCUAAUUGGACAGCGUUGCCAUCUCUUGGAGGAAGUAGACCUUACAGAUAAUGAUUUGGACGAUGAAGGACUUAAAUCAAUCUCUGGAUGCCACAAGCUUUCUAGUCUAAAAGCUGGGAUAUGCUUGAAGAUCAGUGAUGAAGGCCUUGUUCAUAUUGGGAAUUCAUGCCCGGAACUGCAGGAGCUUGAUUUGUACAGGUCUGUAGGAGUAACUGACAAGGGUGUUACUGAGAUAGCUCGAGGCUGCCCUUUGUUGCAAAUGAUUAAUCUAGCGUAUUGUACAGAAAUGACAGAUGAGUCACUGAGAGCACUGUCGAAAUGCUCAAGUUUAAAAACAUUGGAAAUUCGAGGUUGUCCUCGCAUUUCAUCUGCAGGCCUCUCAGCUAUUGCUGUGGGAUGCCGACAAAUUGCCAAGCUCGACAUAAAGAAAUGCCAUGAUAUUGAUGAUGCUGGGAUGCUUCCACUUGCUCGAUUUUCCCAGAAUCUUCGUCAGAUAAACUUGUCAUUCUGUUCGGUCACCGAUGUUGGUCUUCUUGCACUUGUGAGCGUAAGCUGCCUCCAGAACAUGACGAUUUUACACUUAAAGGGAGUAACACCAAACGGUUUGGCGGCUGCUCUGUUGGCUUGCGGGGGAUUGACAAAAGUGAAGCUUCACUCGUCGUUCAAGUCCUUAAUUUCUAAACCUCUUCUUCAACACAUCGAAGCUCGCGGGUGCUCAUUUCAGUGGAUCAGUAAACCUUUCCAGGUUCAGCUCGAAACAAAUGAAGUUUGGAAACAGCAGCUGCAAGAUGUGGUUGUGAGAUAGAACCUUACUGCAUUUGCACAUCUGGAGCCACUUUAUAUAUAAGGGUGAGGUGACGAUGAAUGCGAUACAAUGAUUUCUCCUUUCUGAGAAUGUGAAAUCCUAGCCUUUGUUACCUUCAAAGUGUUAGCUGUGAGUACGUAUUUAUUACGAUGCAUCCGAUCAAAUGAUGUAAAAGGUGUAGUUCUCUUUAACAAGAACAUUGGUUGUACAAGAGAUA